CGCUGACUUCAUCGUUUUUCUAAAAUUGGAACAUGCGCAAAGGAGGUGCACCUUCCCAACGCCUUUUUAUGCUUUACUACCAUUCUAAAAUAUCCAUUUUGUCACUUGUAUUUUCUCUUCUGCACAAUCAUUUAUCACUUAUAAUUAUCUAUUCGAUAUUGCAUACUUGUCAUAGCUUUACCAACAUCAUUAUCCAGCGACAGACAUGUCCCCAAUUUUAAAUAAUAACACCGCCGUCACUGUUGUUGGCUCUUUGCUUACGCGCGCUGUCACCAGAGACGACAUCACUCAAGCGCUGACGCCAACAAAGGAGCAGCGGACAGUGCUAAUUGUCAUUGGUGCCUACACCCUGGGCAUUCUUCUGCUAUGGAACAUACCAUACCUGAACAUCAUUUUGCUGCCAUUCAAACUUGUCACUGUCGCGUUGCACGAAUUCAGCCACGCAGCAGCUGGUGUAUGUACAGGUGCCAAAAUCAAGUCUGUCACUAUAGACCCCGAUCAGGGCGGCCUAACACAAAUGCGGGGCGGUAAGUGGUGGUGCGUGAUGCCGGCUGGCUACCUGGGAAGCUCGUUCCUAGGCUCGCUGAUGGUGUUUGCCGGGUUCAAUGUCCUCGCGUCCAAAAUCGUAUCCGUUGUGAUUGGGGUAUGUCUGCUGGCAACGCUUUUCUGGGCAAAGAACUGGCUGACACGGAUAAUCACAGUUCUGUUUGCUGGGCUGAUUGUCGGCCUAUGGUUCACACCGCAUGGAGCUGGGCUUCGGUAUGUGGUGCUGUUCAUGGGCGUUAUGUCGUCUCUGUACUCACUUUGGGACAUUGUCGACGACACGGUGCGCCGAAAGUCAAACGAGAGCGAUGCCACCAAGUUUGCCCAGCGCACUCACUGCAGCUCGCGGUGCUGUGGUAUGCUCUGGCUGCUGGUCUCUCUCAUAUUCCUUGUUGGCGCUAUUCUCCUUGGGCUGGCAUUCCUCAAAGACGAUCCAUCCUUGCCAGAUAGCAACAAAUGAAGAGGUCGGGCCAACACGGAUGCAUGAAUACGCGCUCAAAAUUAAAUUUCCAGAUCAGCAAGCGAAAAAUCGUUCUUUUCAACACGGAAGGCAAAAAAAUAAAUUAAUAUUGGUUUGUGCGCCAAUGUUUACGUUCUUAUUUUAUUUUUUAUUUUUGGUUUAGUGUUUGAUGAAGUUGUCUCAAUUCAUUUUAUUCUCUCAC